AUGGAUGCGACAGCUGUGAACGGCGCAAAUACUGCGCACAACCAGGGUGCAAGCCCCAAUAGCACGUCAAAAUUGUCUCAUCAUUCACCAGGCGACGAUGAUCACGAAGUUUGGAGCGCUGGCGAAGAAGACAGCGGCGAGGACGCUGGCAGGAGUCAAAGCGGCUUCAAACGAAAACGCGAGAAGCUGAGCGUAAGCUGCGAGACCUGCAAGCAGCGCAAAGUCAAGUGUGAUCGCGGUCAUCCAGCGUGCGGCUGGUGUCUGAAGAACCACUCGACAUGUAUCUAUCUACCGCGCAAGAAGCCCGGACUGAGAGCUGGUUAUGGACGUGAACUAGAGGCACGCCUUGAUAAGCUCGAGACGCUCAUUGUGCAGCAGCAGUCGCAGAUCAACCACCUCUCGCAGAACCAGAUCGCAGUGUCCGGGCCAUCCCCGCAAGAAGUGGCUACUUUCCGGAGCCCACCAGUCAUUCAGACGCCCCACAUCCCUCGUCCCGAAACGGCCCUCUUCAUACAGAAGCCGCAGUCGGGUUUUCCCUCUCAGAAUGCGAUACAGAACGGCUUCGGCAACACUUUGGACGCCCGGUCGGCCUCACUCUCAGGCAAUGGCUAUGGCCAACCUGAUGAGAUGCAGUCAGGGCUCGUAGGCCUGCAACGAGACGGAUACACUCCCUUCAGCACCGAUCAGUUUGCACCUUCCAUGUCGCGAGCGCUUGGACAAGCUGACGCAGACUUCCCACCGUACGACUUGUUGUAUGGGCUGGUCGAUUUGUUCUUCAAGCACAUAUACCCCUGGUGCCCUAUUCUGCACCGCCAGUCGACUCUCAAUUCUUUGUUCGGCGAUUCCAGCCUGGACGAGGCCGACCGUAUCAUACUGCAUUCUGUUGUGGCUACCACUGUCAAGUUCUCGUCUGACCAGCGAUUGACUCCUGACAAGAGGGCGCGGUACCACAAGAACUCGAAAGAGAAGGUUCUGCUGUAUGGCAUCGAGAACAGCUCUGUCAAAUCGUUACAGGCGCUGGUCAUCCUGGCCCUUGAUGUUGUUGGCUGCUCCAACGGGCCUCCAGGGUGGAAUCUGCUCGCACUCAUCACGCGGUCUGUAGUGCAGCUGGGACUCUCCAUGGAGACCUACUCGCCAAUGGUUGCCCCGCAGUAUGCAUCCAUAUACACAUUGCGAGCAAACGUGCUCCCCAUUCCAAAAGACUGGAUUGAAGAAGAGAGUCGCCGUCGGUUGUUCUGGAUGAUCUACGUUCUUGAUCGUUAUGCUACAGUGGCAACUGCUUUCGAGUUCGCUCUGGACGAGAAUGAAAUUGAUCGAAGGCUGCCUUGUCGAGAUGAUCUGUAUGCUCGUAACGUACCCGUCGAAACUAGAUGGUUCCACACAAAGACCAGGACUGAUUACAGCAUGAACCGGCCUGAGAACUUGGGUUCAUUCUCUUACUACGUGGAAAUUCUCGGGAUCUUAACCCGCAUUCAUAAGUUCUUGAAGAAGCCAGUGGAUAUAACAUCUCUCUCCGAUGUUGAAAAGUGGCAGAGCGAGUAUCGCGAACUCGACAACGCCAUCGAACAAUGGAAGUACAACUUACCUGCCGAGUAUGGCAACUCGGCGAGAGUAUUCUCGAAGCCAGGAGGCAACCAGACUCUGAACAGCGGACUGGUGAUGCUGCAUGCCGCUUUUCAUACUACCGUGAUCCGUCUUCACUCGUCAGCAGCAUACCCUACUCACCGCUCACCCAUCUUCACACCUUCGUUCAGUGCUAGCCAACGGUGUCUGAGCGCCGUAGAGAACAUUACAGCGUUGUGCGCCUCUAUCCGCGAUAAUGGCUUGCUGACCAAACUCGGACCCCCUUUUGCCUUUUCCUGUUGGGUGGCAGCCCGUGUGCUACUGGUGCAUGGCUCAACAAUCGAUCAUCGUGUCGAUUCUUCUAUCAACGUUCUAGUCAGCACACUCCAGGACCUGGGUCAGUACUGGGAAGUGGGCACACGCUAUGCAAAUCUUCUUUCUCGAGUGCUCUCCGAGUAUCAAGAGUCGCAGCAGAACGCCGGCAUGGGUGGCGAACGGGUGACACCGUCAACUGUCAAGAUUUUGGCUGACAUGCGGCGAUGCGCGUUUGAUCUCGACUUCCUUAUUGCGCGUCAACCGAGGUUUGAUGGCGCCGCUGGAAUGCCGUCCGUGACGCCAGCUCGCACUCCAGCCCCGAAUGAACUGGAAUAUCUCGACGUGUUCGAUUUCUUCAAUAUGCCUCGAAUACCAGUGUCCAUAGAUGCCAUGGCGACUUAUCCCACGACCGAUGGGAACAUUCAGAUGCCUGAAGGCAGCUACAGUAACGAGUCCAACAUUACGAAUUACAUGGUCGACGCCAGCUCCGAUUGGUUCAUCAAGGGUUCUGCUUAA